CGCCGCCGAGGCGGGAGGGCGGGUGGCGCGCGUGCGUAGCCGCUCCCGGGCCAUGGCUGGCUGGGCCGGGGUCGAGCUCUCGGCGCUGAACCCGCUGCGCACGGUGUGGCUGGCGCUGGCCGCCGCCUUCCUGCUCGCACUACUCCUGCAGCUGGCGCCCGCCGGGCUGCUGCCGAGCUGUGCGCUCUUCCAGGACCUCAUCCGCUACGGGAAGACCAAGCUGUCCGGCCCGCGCCGCCCCGCCGUUUGCAGGGCCUUCGAUGUCCCCAAGAGGUAUUUUUCCCACUUCUACAUCAUCUCGGUGUUGUGGAAUGGCUUCCUGCUCUGGUCCCUUUCUCAAUCUCUCUUCCUGGGAGCACCUUUUCCAAACUGGCUACGUGCUUUGCUCAGAACUCUUGGAGCCACGCCGUUCCAAGCACUGGAGCUGGAGUCCAGAGCCUCCCAGAUGCUAGUGGGUGAGCUGGCUCUGUCUGCCUUCCUGGUGCUGGUGUUCCUCUGGGUCCACAGCCUGCGGAGACUCUUCGAGUGUUUCUACGUCAGCGUCUUCUCCAAUGCGGUGAUUCACGUCGUGCAGUACUGUUUCGGGCUUGUCUACUAUGUCCUAGUCGGCCUAACAGUGCUGAGCCAAAUGCCCAUGGAUGACAAGAAUGUCUAUGUCCUGGGGAAGAAUCUGCUAACACAAGCCCGGUGGUUCCACAUCCUUGGGAUGCUGAUGUUCUUCUGGUCAUCCGCCCAUCAGUACAAGUGCCACGCCAUUCUCAGCAACCUCAGGAGGAACAAAAAAGGUGUGAUCGUUCACUGCCAGCACAGGAUCCCCUUCGGAGACUGGUUCGAUUAUGUGUCUUCAGCCAACUACCUUGCAGAGCUGAUGAUCUACAUCUCCAUGGCGGUCACCUUUGGGUUCCACAACUUAACCUGGUGGCUGGUGGUGACGUACGUCUUCUUCAGCCAGGCCCUGUCUGCGUUCUUCAACCACAACUUCUACAAGAGCACUUUUGUCUCCUACCCGAAGCAUAGGAAAGCGUUCCUUCCAUUUUUGUUUUAAGGCAGCCUUUGUGGUGGAGAAUGCGAGCCAGGCAACAGAUUCCGUUCCUAGAGACACUGAGACAAAGGGAAGUACACUUGCUGCGGGAAUGUUUGCCAUUCCCUGUUCUACUGCAGUGCUGCGGAGCAUUAACUGGGAGAGCAGUGUUCCCGGAGAAGACAUUCCUGCCGAGCUUUGCAGAGGCAGCUGACUGCAGUAAAUGGGCAUCUCUGAGCUGAUUUACGGUGACACUAACCAGGAGUAUAAACAGUUUUGCAUGCAUGCAUGCUUGAGCCUCCCCCCCUACCCCCUACCCCUCUCUCUUUUGUACAGGAAUUAAAAUGAUCAUCUGUGGCUGGGAACAGUGAACUGGACUGAGUGUCAUGGGAUAUCCUAGGUUUUUAAUAAAUGUUACAUGUCAGUAACAACAGAAACCUCUAAAAAUCAUAGGAAUGUGUGAUACCACCCCAGUGGGUGCAGGGAGAAAGGAGUUUGUUGGAAUUAGUUAACAUUCUGAAUUUUAUCACCAGUAUCUCCAGUUACCUGGCCAGUACUUUGCCUGCCCUGAAAACUAGCCUGAUAAUAAGUUUGGGAACCUCUUUGAUUGAAUCCUCUUUUUGACGUUUGUACUGAAUAAAACUCGGGAAGUAAACUAUUUUUAUACUUAUGCGUACAGACAUGCCCUGAACCGGGAGAACUGAAAGCAGCAGCCUCACUCUGCCGUGACUCAGUGUUCCCUGAUGCCUGGGUUUGUUUCAACUAGUAGAGCCAAGCCUAAAGGUACAAGGAAUGGCAUCACACCUAUUCAGAUGCUUCUUUCUGUUAAGGGAAAUAUCCAGCUGGAUUAAAGGGAAGUAGAAGCAUGGGAUGCAAGGAGACGGAAGCAUGAGAAAGAAUACCAGUGCCCUGGCAACAGGAAACCCUUCACAUCCCUGCGGUGGAACAUAUUCUGGGCUGGGAUGGAGUUGGGUAGUUGAAUGCUUGCCUGGAGUAUAUGAGACACUGCAUUCUGCUCCCAACACUGAGAAAGAAACUUGGGCAUACUGCUUACUAGCUGAGGUACUUGGUUUUUUAUGGUUGGGGUUUGUUUACUUUGUUGAGUCAGGGUCUCAGGUAUCCCAGGUUGCCUUGAAGUCCUGCACCAGAGAAUGACCCUGCACUAUGUCUCAGUCUCCUAAGUGCCGGAAUUGCAGGUGCAUACAGUCUAGCACUGUGGGUUGAACCCGGUGCCUUCAUGCCUCCUGCACACUCAGCCUUCAUCCCCAGCUUACUCGGUCAACGCAGAUGUCAUAUACUCUACUGAGUAAGACAUCCCUGCAGUCUGCCAACUGAGGCUGUUUAACUGACAGCAUUCUAAUCUAAUGGAUUCUUAAAACUUACUUAUGUACUUGUCUUCCAGUGAUAGGGUUGAGCCUGAGGCCUCACAAAUGCUUGUCACACCCUCUUAUCACUGAGCUACACCCUAACUCUUUUAAUCUAUUGUAUGACAGUGGUACCCAGGGAGAAGUGUUUUUUUGUUUGGGGUUUUUGUUUUUUUGUUUUGUCCCAGGGAGAAGUGUUUUUUGUUUUGGGUUGUUUUGUUUUGUUUUUGAGACAGAAUCUCUCUGUUUAGUCCUGGCUGUCUUGUAACUUGCUCCUUAGACCAGGCUAACCUCAAACACAAAUAUCCACACACCUCUGCCUCCCAAAGGCUGGGAUUAAAGGCACGUGCCACCACAUCUAGCUCUGUGUGGGGAAUCUGUGGUUGACAGAAAUAAGGUUAGCACCAAGAUCCUUGGUGAACUAAUCAGGUUUAUUAGGUUACUUGCAGCAGUAUGGGUGAGGGGAAGCUUACAGGAACAAAGCCCAUCCCAGCCUAAGUGACAGCUCCCUGAAGCUGGGACCCUGGAGCACACUGCACAGCCUGCAGGCGGCUCCACAGGACCUGUGGAGAGGGUCCCUUCCCAUGCAGCUCAUGCUUCUUCCAGGCAGCGUAUCUCAUCAGAGUGUUUCUCAGCAGCCCUUACAUGUUAUAUAUUCCUGAGGAGGAGGGGCCUAAUAAAUCUGCUCAGUUUCAGAGACUUCCUGAAUCUGCUCAGUUUCAGAGACUUCCUGAAGCCACUGAGUUGUUUUCUUUCCUGGGUUUAAUGAACUUCGGGCAGGAUGGAAUGUUCAGCUCCUCUUAGAACAUCCUGGUGUUUCACAUCCCUUUAACAUCUUGUGUUUAAUGAACUUCCCUUAACCCAGACGGUUUAAUUUUUGGAGUCAACUACUGUCUAGCACACUUGCUUAUCAAAGUCUACCCUGCAGCUCCUGUGUGAAUCCCGAUGUGUUUUCUCUGCCAUCAAUCAACUCACCACUUAAGACCAAUUGUUUGUUCAGUUCGAAUAAAUGCAGUAUAUCAUUUAUUACUUAGAAUUUGCUGUCUUCGGGACCAGAGCUCAGGAACAAAACUCUUUCAAGUAGGGUAUGUCCAGAAAUCAUGUGGCAGUUUGUUCUUAACACCCAUACGAAUGACACGCAGGAUUUUAAAUAAAUAGUUUAAAGCAAAGUUGUACUUUGCUGUAGGAAGAAAUUUUGCACCUAAGUUAACUGAGGACUUGGACUUUGGAGUGAACUAAGGAGCAUCUCCUUUGAUGGCCUGUCGGUC